UGCGCCUUAACUGUUCUCCCUCUUGCUUCGACUCUCUCGAGACAUCAGAAAGAUGAGUCAAUCAGUACAAGUUUUUGGACGAAAGAAAACAGCCACUGCUGUUGCCUUCUGCAAGCGUGGAAAUGGCUUGAUCAAGAUAAAUGGAUGUCCACUGCACUUAGUGGAACCUUCGACUCUUCGCAUGAAGGUUCAGGAGCCAAUCCUUCUUCUUGGCAAGGAGAGGUUUGAAGGUGUUGACAUCCGUGUCAGAGUGAAAGGUGGUGGACAUGUAUCCAGGAUCUAUGCUAUCCGUCAAGCCAUUUCCAAGGCCUUGGUAGCUUAUUACCAAAAAUAUGUGGAUGAGGUGUCCAAGAAGGAGAUCCGUGACAUCCUCGUUCAGUACGACCGUUCCCUGUUAGUGGCUGACCCACGCCGUGCAGAGGCCAAGAAAUUCGGUGGACCGGGAGCCCGCUCACGCUACCAAAAGUCUUACCGUUAACUUUCUUAUUUACUUGCAGUUGGAGAUCAAUAAAAUCUAUUAGUUUGAUGGAA